AUGGGAGCGAACGCGUCAUCGCAGCUCGAGAAAGAAAUCAACUCCGACAAUUUCGCCAACGAGCACUACUAUGGAUUAGUAAAUUUUGGGAACACAUGUUACUGCAACUCGGUGAUCCAGGCGCUCUAUUUUUGUCAGCCGUUUCGGGAAAAAGUCCUUCAAUAUAAACAACAACUCAAGAAAUCAGGCAAUCCAAAAGAAAACCUGUUAACAUGCUUGGCGGAUCUCUUUCACAAUAUCGCCACUCAAAAGCGACGAGUUGGCACGAUUGCCCCGAAACGAUUCAUCACCAAAUUGAAGAAAGAAAAUGAGCUCUUUGACAAUUAUAUGCAACAAGAUGCACACGAGUUUUUGAAUUAUUUGCUGAACACGAUCUCGGAGACGUUGAUUGAUGAGAAAAAGGAGCGGCCGCCUGCUGUAAAGAAUGGGACACUCAGAAAGAGCCACCCACCGCCGACAUCAGUCCAAGAAACCCGAGAAAGAACAAGAAGUGACUCUCAGCCAGGUUGUUCGCGUGUCUCCGAAUCGACUUGGGUGCAAGAUAUUUUCCAGGGAACUCUCACGAAUGAAACCCGUUGUCUCAACUGUGAAUCGGUUUCAAGUAAAGACGAGGAUUUUCUCGAUCUUUCGGUGGAUGUCGAGCAGAAUGCCUCAAUCACGCACUGUCUACGUGUUUUCAGUAAUACGGAAACUCUAUGCGCUGAUCAAAAAUAUUAUUGUGAAACGUGUUGCUCUCAUCAGGAAGCACAAAAACGGAUGAGAAUCAAAAAGUUACCGCGAAUGCUAGCCCUUCAUCUUAAACGAUUUAAAUACGUCGAUCAGCUGAGUCGAAACACAAAAUUGUCCUACCGGGUUCUUUUCCCGCUCGAGUUGCGGCUCUUCAAUGUGAGUGACGAUGCGGUGAAUGGGGAUCGGCUGUAUGAUUUGUGCGCGGUGGUGGUGCAUUGUGGAGCGACGCCAAACCGAGGACACUACAUCACCGUUGUGAAAAGUCACAACUUCUGGCUUCUCUUCGAUGAUGACAUUGUCGAUAAAAUUGAUGUCUCAGCUAUUGAAGAUUUCUUUGGUCUCUCUGAAGGCGGUAUCCAGAAGAACUCCGACUCAGCUUAUAUUCUUUUCUAUCAGGCUCGAGAUGGUCCGACUAUUGACACCGCACGGGUCACACCUAAUCAUAUGUCAAUA